GAAGAAAGUUGGUAAACGUUUCGUUCUGACUCCUUCACCAAAGACAACGACGAUGACGCUUUCUCACCCAAACAUUAGCGACGGCUGGUUCCACGAGGCCAACUCACAAUGGCCGGGCCAGGCCAUGUCGCUCAAGGUUCAGCGCAUCCUUCACAUGGAGAAGUCCAAGUUCCAGGACGUGCUCGUGUUCCAGUCGACCGACUACGGAAACGUCCUCGUGCUCGAUGGAGUCAUCCAGUGCACCGAGCGCGAUGAGUUCUCGUACCAGGAGAUGAUCGCCCACCUUCCCCUGGCCUCGCACCCCAACCCGGAGAGGGUGCUGGUCAUUGGCGGCGGCGACGGCGGUGUCCUGCGAGAGGUCGUCAAGCAUGAGACAGUCAAGGAGGUCAUCCUGUGCGACAUUGACGAGGCCGUUCCCCGAGUCUCCAAGACGUACCUGCCCAACAUGGCGGCCGGCCUGUCGCACCCCAAGUCCAAGGUCAUCAUCGGCGAUGGCUUUGCCUUCCUCCAGCAGCCCGAGAACCAGGCCGCCUUCGAUGUCAUCAUCACCGACAGCUCGGACCCGGUCGGACCUGCCGAGUCGCUCUUCCAGCCUCCCUUCUUCAAGCUGCUCAAGGGUGCGCUCAAGCCUGGCGGACACAUCUCCACGCAGGGCGAGUGCCAGUGGCUGCACCUGCCGCUGAUCCGCGAGCUGCGCAAGAGCACCCGCGAGCUCUUCCCCGUGUCCGAGUACGCAUUCACGACGAUUCCCACGUACCCGUGCGGCCAGAUCGGCUUCGUCGUCUGCUCUCUUGAUGCUGGCCACGACGUGCGCAAGCCGCUUCGCAAGGUCCCUGACUGCCGCUACUACAACGAAGAGGUGCACAAGGCUGCCUUCACCCUGCCUGAGUUUGCUCGCCAGGUCGUCGAGGAGGGCAAGCCCGCUCCUGGACCCGUCAUUGCCACGGGCGAGGGCCUGAUCGAGAAGAAGAAGCGGGAGGCAAAGAAGAUUCUCCUGCUCGGCAGUGGAUACGUCGCUGGGCCGUUUGCAGAGUACAUGCUCCGGUACCCCGAGUACCAGCUGACGGUGGCCUCUUCUCGGCUGGAGAAUGCGCAAAAGCUGGCGAACAGCCUCUCUGCGGGUGCUUCGGCCACGGCCGUUGAUGUCAAUGACCCCGCUGCGCUGGGCGCGGCAAUCGCCAAGCACGACGUCGUCAUCUCGCUCAUUCCCUACACCUACCAUGCUGCUGUGAUCAAGGCUGCGUGCGAGCACAAGGUCGAUGUUGUCACCACGAGCUACGUCUCCGACGCGAUCCGCGAGCUGGCGCCCCAGAUUGAGAAGGCCGGCAUCACUGUCAUGAACGAGAUUGGCCUUGACCCAGGCCUCGACCACCUGUACGCCGUCAAGGCCAUCGACGAGGUGCACGAGCAGGGCGGCAAGAUCAAGUCCUUCCUCUCCUACUGCGGUGGUCUCCCCGCCCCCGAGGCGGCCGACAACCCGCUCGGCUACAAGUUCUCGUGGUCCUCGCGCGGUGUGCUCCUGGCGGUGCGAAACACGGCCAAGUUCUACCAGGCUCCCCAUAAAGAGCCCCAGGUCGUCUCGGGCGUGGAGCUGAUGGCGUCUGCCAAGCCCUACUACAUCAACCCGGCCUUUGCCUUUGUGUCCUACCCGAACCGCGACUCGUCGCCGUUCCGCGAGUGGUACAACAUUCCCGAGGCCGAGACGUGCAUCCGCGGCACUCUGCGCUACCAGGGCUUCCCCGAGUUUGUCCUCGCCAUUGUUCGCAUGGGCCUGCUGGACGACUCGGACAACCACAAGGACUGGCUCAAGGUCGACGACGCCAGUCUCACCUGGCCAAAGGUCGCCGCCAAGCUCCUUGGCACCGGCUCGGCCACGGACGCCGCCUCGCUCUCCAAGGCCAUCGAGUCCAAGUGCGGAUUCCGGACCCAGGACGAGCGGUCGCAGGUCCUCUCGGGUCUCCGGUGGCUCGGCCUCUUUGACGACAAGGCCAAGCUCACUGUGCGCGGACUGCCCGCGCAGCAAAAGGCCGGCUACGGAAACCCGCUCGACACGCUGUGCGCCACGCUCGAGGAGAAGUGCAGGUACGAGGCCGGCGAGCGCGACAUGGUCAUGCUCCAGCACCGCUUCGAGAUCGAGACCAAGGAGGGCGAGCAAAAGACACUCACGUCGACCCUCCUCGACUAUGGCCACCCGCAGGGAUACUCGAGUAUGGCGAGGCUCGUGGGUAUCCCCUGCGCAAUUGCCACAAGGCUCCUCCUCGAGGGCGAGAAGGGCAUCAAGCAGCAGGGCAAGAUUGUGGCGCCGUACUCAAAGGAGGUCUGCGACCCGAUUCGCCUCGAGCUCGAGAAGGAGGGAAUCGCGCUUACUGAGAGGUACAUCUGAUCGGGCUUGUAUUGUUCUGCGAGAAAGGGAGAGUGUGUGUAUAGAAGAAAAGCUACCGAGCAAAGAGUAUAAAAAGCACAUCUGCGCUGCUACUAUUUCUAUGGCCAAGCACCCUUCUCGACCAGGUAUCGAUUGGCUUUGCCCAGCGCCCAGACGCUGAAGCAGAAGGGGUAGAGGCAGUAGUCGAUUGCGCAGUUCCUGUUGAAGACGCCCAGGAUCUCUUCGUUUUUCCACGAUCCAUCGGGCUGCUGUCGAGACAUGAUGAGCCUCGCUGCCCUUUUCAGCGGCUCGACGUGCGGGUACUGGGCGUGGAGGAGCGCAAUGAGU